UUUUUUUCCAUUUCCCUUUUCUUGUUUGAGUACUGUGCAUUUGUACUCAGCGAGUUGCGAGUCUUUCGUUGAAAAUUUCGGCAUCUUUUUUUGCGGGCUGAGAGAGAGAGAGUAUUAUUAUUAUCUAUGUAUCUAUCGCCACUGUAAUUAUUAAUAAUAGUGUGUGAUUCCAGCUUCGCUUGUUGCACAGUGCCGAUGACCAAAGUUUUAUCCCUGCUUUGAAGGUCAAGCAAGCAUGUGAUCUGUAAUCACUCUGCACCCUCUCACUCUGGGUUUUUCUGCUCCACUUUCCAACUGGGUUUUCGUUAAUUUCAUCGAUUACAUCUGGGUUUCAAUUUCAAUCGGAAAUUUGUUAUUGCAGCUAUUCGGAUUGAGCAGCUGGCUCCAAGUUUUGUUGGGUGUUUUGAAUUGCCUUUUUUUCUUUUGGCGAUUUGGGUUUUCUUGAUUGUGGAAGAAAGGUUCCCCUUUUCUUACUUUCGAUUUAUUUUCUGUAAUGGGUUCGAGUUGUUCUAGGUAAUUCUGUGGGAUUCACUCAAAUUUAGGGAUUAAUUUGGUAUAUUCAGGAGGUGGGAUCGAUCAAAAUUUUUUUAAUUUUUUUUUAUUUUUUUUUAAUUUGUGGGAAUUUUGUAUGAAAUUUUGUAUGUGAAGAGAUGGGAUUAGGUGAUGAAGGAUUAAAAGGGGAGUCUUGGGAAGUUAAGAAAUUGAAGGAGAAGAAGAAAAAAAAUGAUAAUGCUGCUAAGAAGAGUGGAUGUUGCAUUAGGUUUAGGUUUAUUGGCAGCUGUAUUACAUCGAGAUCUAAAGUCGAUAGCUCUAUAAGUGGCAUCAGCAGCACUCAAGAAAGUAAAUCUACGAAUGGUACUAGCAGAGACCAGCCCGUUGUGCCCGUAAUCCCGUCCACCUCCACAAGCAAUGCUGAAAGUAGUUCAUCGAGCUCCAAACCAGAAGACGAGCUCAAAGUUUCUUCUCGCCUCAGAAAAUUUACGUUUAACGACCUUAAAUUGGCCACAAGAAAUUUCAGACCGGAAUCACUUCUCGGUGAAGGAGGGUUCGGUUGUGUGUUCAAAGGAUGGAUCGAAGAGAACGGUACAGCACCGGUUAAACCCGGUACAGGACUCACGGUUGCUGUCAAAACCCUAAAUCACGAUGGACUACAAGGGCACAAAGAAUGGCUGGCUGAAGUGAAUUUUUUGGGUGACCUGGUUCAUCCGAAUUUGGUUAAAUUAAUCGGUUACUGCAUCGAAGAUGACCAGAGGCUGCUCGUUUAUGAGUUCAUGCCUAGGGGAAGCUUGGAGAACCAUCUAUUCAGAAGGUCGCUGCCACUUCCUUGGUCUAUAAGGAUGAAAGUGGCUCUUGGUGCUGCAGAGGGGCUCGCUUUUCUGCACGAGGAAGCGGAAAGACCGGUUAUAUAUCGGGAUUUUAAGACAUCUAACAUCCUAUUGGAUGCUGAAUAUAAUGCCAAACUUUCGGAUUUUGGACUUGCUAAAGAUGCCCCGGAUGAAGGAAAAACUCAUGUUUCUACACGUGUGAUGGGUACCUAUGGUUACGCAGCCCCAGAAUAUGUCAUGACGGGACAUCUCACAUCAAAAAGCGACGUAUACAGCUUCGGAGUAGUCCUCCUCGAGAUGCUAACAGGUAGAAGAUCAAUGGACAAAAACCGUCCAAACGGGGAGCACAACCUCGUGGAGUGGGCCCGGCCCCACCUGGGCGAGCGGAGGCGGUUCUACCGCCUGAUAGAUCCUCGUCUCGAAGGCCACUUCUCCAUCAAAGGUGCCCAAAGAGCCGCCCACCUGGCGGCACGCUGCCUGAGCCGUGACUCGAAAUCGAGGCCUCUGAUGAGUGAAGUUGUCGAAGCUUUGAAGCCUCUGCCCAGCCUCAAAGACAUGGCUAGCUCGUCUUACUACUUCCAGACCAUGCAAGCUGACCGAGUCAACUCGAGCCCGAACGGUAAAAACGGGCUCCGAACUAACGGGUCUUUCUCGAGGAACAGCCACCAGAAUAUUCAGAGGCGGCUCUCGAUUCCCAAUGGUGGUGCUCAUGCUUCACCGUUGUUUCAUCAGUUUACUAAUAAUUCGCCCAAACCGAGCGGCAAACCGUAAGAUAUGGACAUGGUGUUUUUGGAACGCCUCGGUCGCUCUUGUAAGAUAUACGUCACACGUUUUUAACGAUUUGGAAGUGAAUUAUUAAAUGUAUGUAUAAUUCUUGAAGAUGCGUAGUGUACAUCGGAGAUUAUUAUGGUUCAUCUUCCUCUUAUGUCUUA